AAGGUUCGAGGGAAGUCCUCCCUUGGAAAUAAUAUCACACCAAAUAAAACCUAGCUCUUUUCCUUCUUUUUCAUUCUCUUCUUUCAAGGUCAACAACUGUCGAUGAACUUGCAACGUUUCUUUGAAACGUCCAUGGGGGUUUGUUGUACCCAAGUCUAGUUUUGAUGUUUGGUUCCUGUUGGUGAACAAAGCACCGACUUUCUCAUUGUACUGAGAGGUGAGAGGGAGCUUAAGGUAAACGCAAAAAACAUUGCAACACAAUCCCUUACUAUUUCUCCUGGGACUCUCCCUAAAUCCCGAAUAGUCUUCAACCCUAGCAAAACCAAGAGAAGUGGUAGUAGUAAAACAUGACACAGUUUCUGGUGUUCUAAAUUUGUUUGUGUAUUUGUUUAUUUUUUUAAUCUCAACUAGCCUAAUUAGUCGCCACUUUUCUUCCUUUCUUUCUAGGUUUGUUUGGGUGAUUUUUCUUUCUCAUCUUUACCGUUUAGAUCCCCCAGGAAAGGUCACAAUUUGUGCUAAAAAAUAAUGGAUUUUGGGUCAUCAGGCAGAGAAGGGUUUGGUGAAGAAGAACAAAUGGGUAAAGGUAAGCUCCCUUUUUCGUACUCUUCCUCCUCUUCUUCUUCACCUUCUUCUUCUUCUCAGCACAAAACCCAGCUGGCUCCUCUUAGCAACUCUAGGUGGGAGCAGCAGCCUCUUCAGAUUCACGACAGCCACAACCAAAUAAGUCCCAACUGGUUAGGCAACAGGUACGAACCUGAAGAAAAUAACGAAGCAACUGUCACAGCAACUGCAAGUGAAGCUGAUUCCAAACGCAUAGACUCAGAUUCAACCCUUGAGCUCAAGAGUAGUCUAUGUGCCAACAUCGAGAAAGAACACAUGUUUGAUAAAGUAGUCACUCCAAGCGAUGUGGGGAAACUCAAUCGACUUGUUAUCCCAAAACAACACGCUGAGAAGUAUUUCCCGUUGGAUUCUUCCACGAAUGAGAAAGGUCUUCUGUUGAAUUUCGAGGACAGAAAUGGGAAGCUGUGGAGAUUCAGGUACUCUUACUGGAAUAGCAGCCAAAGCUAUGUCAUGACCAAAGGCUGGAGCCGUUUUGUCAAGGAUAAGAAACUUGAUGCUGGCGAUAUAGUUUCUUUCCAGAGAGUAGUAGGCGAGUUUGGUAAAGAUCGUCUUUUUAUUGAUUGGAGGCGGAGACCUGAUGCACCAGACCCGGUUUCUUUCCAUCCCCAUCAACGCCACUUCUCUUUGCACCGGUCAAUCCCGUGGAGACCAUUGCUAAUGCGGCCGCCACCAACAGGAAGAGACCACUUGCACUUGUCACCGAUAAACCCUCUAAACAGAAAUAGCUAUUAUGGUGGUUAUCCAACUGGAAGCAAUGUGGUGAAUCCAGGACGUACAAUGGGAUCAGUAUUUUAUUUGAGACCAGCAGUGGCAGCAGCAGCCCCACAAAUGGGAAUGGGAAUGAUGGAGUGGCAGCAGCGAGGUGGAGUUGUAGAACCAGUUGUGUUCGAUUCGGUGCCGGUGGUCCAAGGCAAGGCUGCAGCCAAGAGGUUAAGGCUUUUCGGGGUGAACAUGGAUUGCCCCAUAUCAGAGUCAGAUGAAUGUGAGAUAUUAUCUGCAACUGCCAUAGCAAAUGGUACAAUGGCAUCACAGCCUCCCCAACUUUCUUCAUCAUCCCAGCAUCCUUUCCAAUUAAGGCUCUACAAUGGCACCCCACUCCCCCCCACUGACUUUCUUAAAGCCAACAAAGGGAAGGCUUCCAUGUCCUUUGAUUUGGAUAUGUAACCGCAAGAAAUCAAUUUGGCAGACAGUAUAUUCAGCCACCAAGUUAAUUGCCUUUGCCAUAAUCAACACCUGCCACCACCGUCACCACCAACAAACAACAACAAAAUGCAAGAAGAUAAGGAUAGGAGAAUUGCAAGGCUAGCUGCUAAUCCGGUUCUUUUUUUCAAUUUAUCACUUCUUGAUUCUUAUGAUCAUAUCCUUAUCUAUACCGAAUAAAAAGAGAAGGAAGAACAUUGAUGGGUAUUUGAGAAAAAAAAAAUCAUAUUCCAAUGUUGUUGUUUUCCAGCUUAAUUAGAUCAGAAGGGAGUUCAACGUUUGGGUGCCAGUGAAGAUUUAGUUAGAGAUGAGAUGAUCACAACCAUAACCCAAGAGCCUUUUGCUUUUAACUUGUGUAUAAAAUAAAAAGGAUUACGCAUAGAUAAAUGAGACAUAGAUCCAUCAAGCCUUAAAUUUCAUGUUUGCUUUUUGUAGGGCCUGGUCUCUUCUGAAUGUAUCCAUUGUUUCCACUGAAUUAGUUCCCAAGUAUCUUUACUCUUUGGCUCGCAACUGCUCUCCCUCUUUCUUUCUCUUUCUCUCACUCUCUCUCUCUCCACUGUUGUUUAGUUAAUAACAACCUUUCCUGAUUCCUCAAUAACCGAUGAGCAGUGCGCUAACUAUCUGAUGUAAACCAAGUUUUUUUAUCUCUUUUGUUUUUUACCUUGCUAGGUUGUUGUUCUUGUCGCUGCUUCGUUGGACAGUCCCGCAGGUUGUGCUGAGAAAUUUGCAGGGCUUUUAAAAGGUAGGAGUAGUUAUAUCAAUUUUCUUGGACCCUUUUUGUUUAUUUAGUAAUUCUAUCUUGCCUGUUUAACCCCUUUAUACGCAUUAAUAUGUUUCUGUUUUGUUCUUUUCAAGUUUGAAUGUUCCCUUUCUCUAAUUUGCUGGUUUCCUCGAUCACUUCAAUUCACCGCAUAGAGACAUACCAUUAACUCUCCCUUGGUGAACGCAGAUGCCAUCAUAAAUAUAAAAUUUAUUUUAAUUCUUUUUGUACGUAGUAGUUAUCUGGUCAGCUUCCACUGCAUGGUUAC